UGUGAGCACAGGCUGCGGAGUGAGAUCUUGGCAAUGAAUGGAUACGGAGGGGAAGCGGCGUUUUGCAGGCGUUUGUUUGUGGGAAGGCCCACGGAAGGCCGACGCGCGCAUGUGGGUGGAGCUCUUUCUACUUUGUGUAUCUUACUGCGAAACUCAACCUUUACGGAUGCAUGGUAGUUUCACAGCCUUGGGCUGAUGGCGUCCGCACUGUUGCGCAGGCUGGGGCAGCAAGGUGUGUGGGGACACGCUCACACGCGGGCCCAAACCCGAUGCUGGGCCACUCCGACGUGAUGCUGUGUGAUAACUGCUGGCGGGAAUCCGACCUGACGGAAGUAUAGUUGUUACCCCACCACUAUCAUCUCCUGUCUUGCUGGGGACCUCUUAUGCGGGCUGCCGUGUGCGCGCGGUCUCGCGCAAGCAGUUCCGCAACUAUUUUAGCUGCGUCGUCGGCACAGGCCGCCAGUAGCACAGUGGCUUCAGGCACGCCUUCAUACCUUUAUUCGCUCCCAGUAGCGCCCGGGGGAAAAAUAGUAUCCUCGAAAGAGGAAUGGGACGACUACUCGCUUUGGGUCGGCACCUUUGCGGCUCGUGGAGUUGGGUGCUGGGAGCACACCGAUAAGCGAGAGGUUGAAGAGUACGGUCUGGAGUUCCGGCAAGCUGGCGCCGGCGGCCGCAUCCUGCGCCGCUUUGACGAGCCCACCCGCAGCGCCUUCCACAACAAAGUGCGCCUCUUCUCGCGCCUGACCGCCGCAAAGGUGGACUGCGUCCCGCCCACCGUCUUCACACCCGCCGAUGCCCGGCGAGCCAUGGCUGCCUCCCCCCCAGGCACUGUCUGGUUCUACAAGAAAGCAAAGGCAUCUCGUGGCCAGGGUGUGUUCCCCAUCACGUCAUUGGAGGAGUUGCCGGUAGAGGAGCUGCAGGCGGCGGAGGCAGCGGCGGUGGAUGCAGCAGCCAUCACAUCAAAGGGCGCCAGCGACGCAGCGGAGUCGCCGGAGGCAACGACCGCUGGAGGGGUGCCAGCUGCGGGGCGCAGCGGGGAAGCAGCAUCACCGGCGGGAGGGAGAGGAGCGGUGGGAUUUGAGGGGGGAGGGGGAGGGGGAGGCGUGUUCCAGCAGUGUGUGCCGGGCAUGGCGCUGUGGAACGGCAGCCACAAGUACGACUUGCGUGUGCUGGUCGUGAUGGGGCCGGGCCGGCGCGCCUGGCUGCACCGCACCCUCUACAUGCGGAUAGCCACAUCGCCACUGGUCCAGCCGCCAUCCACGGCUUCUGCCACUGCCACUGCUACUGCCACUGCUACUGCUGCCACUGCUGGCAGCAACAGCAGCAGCGGCAACAGCAGCAGGCGAGGCGAGGGGGGCAGCAGCGCCUCAGGCCAGGGACGCGCGGGGCAGCAGGACCUGUCGCGCGCUGCGCAGUGCACGAACAUCAGUCAGGGCGGCGCGGUUGUGGCGGUACACGGCAACGCCGAGCUGCCCGGGUACGACGCAGUACUGUCACACAUCUGCGCCGCUACGCACAGCGUGGUUUCGGCAAUGUACGACGUGCUGCCGUACGACGGCGCGAUCCACUACUUUGGAUUCGACUACAUGCUGGACCAGCACCGUAAACCGUGGCUGCUGGAGGUGAACAGCACGCCGCGCCUGGUCAACUGCAACCGUACGGGUGCCGUACACGAAGCGCUGGUGGAGCUGCUGUGUACGGUGGUGGAGCCGUACCUGGCGGGCGAGCCCGUGAAGGCGGGCAGCACGGGCGGCUGGAUUCAGGUGGUGCCGUGAGCCGGCUGUUGGAGGGCCGUGUUGUUGUUGAAGGGCUCGGGUUGAAGGGCCUGGGUUGAAUGGCCAGGGUUGGAGGUGGCCGGGCGCACGUGGCUGGGGCACGUGACGGAGGGCCUGAAAGUGAGAUGGCGGGAGCCAGGAGGGGAGGGAAGGCGGGGGAGUAGUAGUUGACAGACAAGGCAGGGGGCAGUGGCGAUGCUGCGAAGGCUGCGACGGGGGCGCAAGUGAGGUGCUGGCGGCGUGCUGCUGACGCUGCUCAGUUCACGACAGGAAUGUGGACGGAUUUAAGUAGUUGCUCGCAUGCUCGCGCGUGCGUGAAGAGCGGAAAUGGUGAUCUUGGCCACGCCUGAUCUGGUCUGCAUGUGUGCCAUGUGAAUCGGCUCCAUGCCAGUCGAGUACUGUGGCGGUGAAGGGGCGUGCAGUGAACUUGUUGUGAGGCAGGCCUAAGCAGAGUUGACAAACGAUUGCCCACAUUCAUCCGAAAGGAGCUUUUAGGCUCUGGUUUGCCGGAGGACUUGAUGCGUGGGGGUGGCGUUUUGAAUGCGGUGGCCCUCCUCGUAUCUGGCACGGAACUUCCUUGGCUUGCGACUCAUUUACUGCGGACGUGUUCCUACUCGCCCUUCCACCUCGCAAUAGUCACAAUUCCUACAAGGCUUCAGCCCUCACGCUAUUGUGGAGCAUGCAUGUGUGGCUCUCGGGCAUAGGUGCUGCAUAGGGCUUUGGGUUGGGCCCACGUAGAGUGUGGCUAGCCUUCCCGGCACGGACAAUGCGGCCGUGUCCAGAGGCACUAAGUAGGUGCGGCAUUUGGCGUAGGCACAGCUGCGUGCUUCGGAGCUUGCGUGUGAAUGAAACUGAAGGGCGUGAUCGGGCCCGGACUUCCUGAACCAGGGGAGGACGCGUGGACGAACGUGUGACAGCCGUGUCCUGUCACCUG